AUGGAGAUGACAAAUCUGAAUAAGAAAAAGGUAACAGAGGAGGAAGGAAUCAAUAAAUUGCCGGAUUCUCUCCUAGUUCAAAUUCUCUCACUUCUCCCAACAACUAAGGAAGCAUUCAGAACUUGUCUAGUCUCUAAAACAUGGCGGCGUUUCCCAACUUUAAUUGAUAGCUUCAAUUUCACUUGUUCAACUGACCGCGAAAGAGAAGAUUCUAUUAUUCAUAAUGCAUUAACACAUUCCCGCUCUCCCAAAAUUAUGAAGUUCCAACUUGACUUAACUCACUUUAGUCUAUCACACUGCAGUUUCAGGCCUGAGUAUGAAACCCUAAUCAGUCGUUGUUUUAGUUUUGCUGUUGAAAGACAAGUUGAAAAUGUUGUAUUGUCGUUUCUGUUUGGUUUUGGUUAUGGUUAUAAGUGCACAUUGCUUGAAUCUCUCUGCACAUGUUCAUCGUUGAUAACUUUAGAUGUUCAAAAUUGUGGCUUUAAUAAUGUGGUCAUAUCGUGGAACUCUCUAAAGAGUAUAAAGUUGGGGUAUUUGAGGCUAACCGAUGAUGAUAUGGUGAAAUUAUUGUCAGGCUGUCCUGCAUUGGAAACAAUGGAAUUAUAUAGCUUUAUUGGUUUCCAUCGCUUGGAAAGUAAUUCCCUAAAAUUAAAGACGCUAAAGUUGAAAGAUUAUGUUCGGGUUGGUGGAAAUGGAGAUGACUUAGAAAUUCUUGCCCCGUAUAUUCAGAAUUUGGAAAUAUCAGGAGAAGAUCUGGAGUGUAGGCUUGUUGAUGUGUCUUCUGUAGUUAAUGCUAAGCUCAUUUACAGCUUUCUCUGUAUCAAAGGCAUCCCAAGUAUUUAUGUGAAAGACUGCUGCCAUGAAUAUCGUCAAGUAGUAUAUACCAUCGUCCAAGAUAAUCUUCAAAAGUUAUGUUAUGCAACUGAUCUAACAAUUGGAACUUGGUUCACAAAGGUCAUGUACAUGUUGCAGUUCAAAGGGUUGCCCGUUUCAGAAUUGAAUUGCAAAUAUCUAACACUGAUGUUGCAUAUGACAACGUUUAAUAUGUAUGGAGUAGCUGGUCUUUUGAGAGUCUCGCCACAAGUGGAAACAAUCAGCAUAGAAUUGGAAUAUACGCUGAUAGAUGAUUUUCUGGUCAACAACAAUUCCUGCUGCAACCCUGAGUUACUUGAUUUAGCCAAAGAAGAUAAUAUGGAUUUGCUGAGUUGGGUUUCAAGCGUUGAGUUUCACAACCUCAAGAAAGUUAAGAUUGUCAUCUCCUCAGAUGCGUGCUGGAAAGAUCAUGUCAAAACGGGCUUUGAAAAGGUUUCCAAACUUUCAGAAUUUCUGUUAUUGAAUGUGCCGAUUUUUGAGAAUUUCGUUAUCAUAUCAAAGAGAAGAAGGUGCGAGACAUGUUCAAUGAACUGUCUAUCCCAACAUUUAUCUCUAUUGGCCGAUAAAUUGUUAGGUUGUCCAAGAUUGUCCACCAAUGCUGCGAUUAACUUCCAGGAGUGA